UGUAAUCUUGGAUGAAGGAUGGGGCAUCAGGGAGGAUCUAGGAUAGGAAUGGGGAUGAACAUGUGGAUAAGAUUUCAGCAGUCUGUGGCUGUUGGCUAGACAACAGUGUUUGCUGCGGUUGGGAGGAUGGCGGUAGUAGAUUUAUGGAUGUGAAAUCUAGGGUAGAGCCUGGAAAUUGCCGGCAUUUUCUAGAAUUGAGAAAUAGAAGUAAAAGAGAGGAGGGCCUCUUUGGAGGGGGAAAGUGGGAAGGAGACUAGGAGAAUCCUUUAGCUUGUUUAAGCUAAUCUGUUUAAGGAGGAAAUAGGUUGGGGACCCCGGAAGGAGGCUCUUGGCCGCCUUCCUCCAUUGCCAUAGAGACGUGGCUUUGGUUGCCCUGGCAAUUGGGGAAGCCCCUAGGACCGGCCUGAGGUUGGCCCCGCCUGAGAGUCCAGAGACCUGGCCGCCUGACGUCAAAGACCUGGGAACGCCUAACUUUAACCCUUUCCUUAUUGAAGGCGAGGGGGAGGGAGUAGAAGUGCAGGCUAGGACCCGGAUGUCUUUCACCACUCCCUGUUUCUGACGUUUCUUUGCGCUGCGUAGGGUGAGGGGUGCUGGGGAGACUGGAAGGCAGGUUACUCAGAAUGUGCUGUGCCCACGAACCUCUUCGACCUGGCCUCCUCUCGGCCCGGCUAGUGGGGGGCGGGGCCCAGGCCGGGAAAGGUGGGGCUCGCGGAGUCCUGCCGCGCUCAGGCCUCUGGACGACCCUAGGCCACGCCCAUCUCCCCCGCCUGCUGUCCUGACGACAGGGCCUCCUGGAGGCCAAUUCUCCCCCAGUGAUUGUCAACACAGAUACCCUAGAAGCCCCAGGAUAUGAGUUGCAGGUGAACGGAACCGAGGGGGAGAUGGAAUACGAGGAGAUCACAUUGGAAAGGGGUAACUCAGGUCUGGGCUUCAGCAUCGCAGGUGGCACCGACAACCCACACAUCGGUGACGAUCCAUCCAUUUUCAUCACCAAGAUUAUUCCUGGAGGGGCUGCAGCCCAGGAUGGUCGCCUCAGGGUCAACGAUAGCAUCCUGUUUGUAAAUGAAGUGGAUGUGCGGGAGGUGACCCACUCAGCAGCGGUGGAGGCUCUCAAAGAGGCAGGCUCAAUCGUGCGCCUCUACGUCAUGCGCCGGAAGCCCCCAGCUGAGAAGGUCAUGGAGAUCAAGCUCAUCAAGGGGCCUAAAGGUCUUGGUUUCAGCAUCGCAGGGGGCGUGGGGAACCAGCACAUCCCUGGGGAUAAUAGCAUCUAUGUAACCAAGAUCAUCGAAGGCGGUGCUGCCCACAAGGAUGGGAGGUUGCAGAUUGGAGACAAGAUCUUGGCGGUCAACAGUGUGGGGCUGGAAGACGUCAUGCAUGAGGAUGCCGUGGCAGCCCUGAAGAAUACGUAUGAUGUUGUCUACCUAAAGGUGGCCAAGCCCAGCAAUGCCUACCUGAGUGACAGCUAUGCUCCCCCAGACAUCACAACCUCUUAUUCCCAGCACCUGGACAAUGAGAUCAGUCAUAGCAGCUACCUGGGCACUGACUAUCCCACAGCCAUGACCCCCACUUCCCCUCGGCGCUACUCUCCAGUGGCCAAGGACCUGCUUGGGGAGGAAGACAUUCCCCGAGAACCGAGGCGAAUCGUGAUCCACCGGGGCUCCACGGGCCUGGGCUUCAACAUUGUGGGUGGUGAGGACGGCGAAGGCAUCUUCAUCUCCUUCAUCUUGGCCGGGGGCCCUGCGGACCUCAGCGGGGAGCUGCGGAAGGGGGACCAGAUCCUGUCGGUUAAUGGUGUUGACCUCCGAAAUGCCAGCCAUGAGCAGGCUGCCAUUGCCCUCAAGAAUGCGGGUCAGACGGUCACAAUCAUUGCUCAAUAUAAACCAGAAGAGUACAGCCGAUUCGAGGCCAAGAUCCACGACCUUCGGGAACAGCUCAUGAACAGCAGCCUGGGCUCAGGGACUGCCUCCCUUCGGAGCAACCCCAAAAGGGGUUUCUAUAUCAGGGCCUUGUUUGAUUACGACAAGACCAAGGACUGCGGCUUCCUGAGCCAGGCCCUGAGCUUCCGCUUUGGGGAUGUGCUGCAUGUAAUUGAUGCUAGCGAUGAGGAGUGGUGGCAGGCACGGCGGGUCCACUCUGACAGUGAGACGGAUGACAUUGGCUUCAUCCCCAGCAAACGACGGGUUGAGCGACGGGAGUGGUCAAGGUUAAAGGCCAAGGAUUGGGGCUCCAGCUCUGGAUCACAGGGUCGAGAAGACUCGGUUCUGAGCUACGAGACAGUGACGCAGAUGGAAGUUCACUACGCUCGCCCCAUCAUCAUCCUUGGGCCCACCAAGGACCGUGCCAAUGACGAUCUUCUCUCCGAGUUCCCCGACAAGUUUGGAUCCUGUGUUCCCCAUACUACACGGCCCAAGCGGGAGUAUGAGAUAGAUGGCCGGGAUUACCACUUUGUAUCGUCCCGGGAGAAAAUGGAGAAGGACAUUCAGGCGCACAAGUUCAUUGAGGCUGGCCAGUACAACAGCCAUCUCUACGGGACCAGCGUCCAGUCCGUGCGAGAGGUGGCAGAGCAGGGGAAGCACUGCAUCCUCGAUGUCUCAGCCAAUGCUGUGCGGCGGCUGCAGGCGGCCCACCUGCACCCUAUCGCCAUCUUCAUCCGCCCCCGCUCCCUGGAGAAUGUGCUAGAAAUUAAUAAGCGGAUCACAGAGGAGCAAGCCCGCAAAGCCUUUGACAGAGCCACCAAGCUAGAGCAGGAGUUCACAGAGUGCUUCUCAGCCAUCGUGGAGGGUGACAGCUUUGAGGAGAUCUACCACAAGGUGAAGCGUGUCAUCGAGGACCUCUCAGGCCCCUACAUCUGGGUCCCAGCCCGAGAGAGACUCUGAUUCCUGCCCUGGCUUGGCCUGGACUCGCCCUGCCUCCAUCAUCCGGGCCCUUGGUCUGGACUGAAUUGCCCACGUCCUUCGCACCCCAGCCUCCCUCUGACCCCUUCUUAUUUAUUUCCUUUCUAACUGGAUCCAGCUCAUUGGAGGGGGGACACUCCUCUGCAUGUAUCCCUACACCCCAGAACUGGGCUCCAGAAUCCUAGGAACCUGGGGUCUGGGCGGGGAGCCGGGCUCCUGGUUCCAAGCCCUUGCUCCUCAGGAUCCCUACCCUUACCUGCCCCCAAUGCACACACAGACCCACUGGGGGCUGCCCGCCCUCCCCCAUACAUUCCAGAAGUCAGGGCCCCUCUCAAGGAGCACCCGCUGUAGGGAUGCAGGGCCACAGGCCUCCGCGCUCUCUGGAGGCAGGGUCUGGGGUCACCCUUGCUCCAUCAUAACUCCCCAUGUCCCUUGAUUUCUCAAUUUUUUUUUCAUUUUUUUU